AGCGGUGGGUGGUGGGUUGGGGUCGGUGCGCUGUGGCUGAGCUGCAGGAGGACGGAGCUCACGCAGCCUAUCGAUUGAUCGAUAAAUAUAAAAAAAAGAAGCAGUUGCCGCGUACCGUAAAUAAAGAAGGCGGGAAAUUAGCCAGGGCUAAUUUGUUGUUUGCCAAGUGCGGUGGUUUAAGUUUUUAUUGCUGCGGGUUUCGGGUUUCGAGUGGCCGUGUGGGAGGGUUACGGUUCUAACCCGGCCACGCCGCAGCACCACCACCACCACCGCCUUGUGGCGAACAUUAAUUAGCAACGCGUUGUCGUCUGCUGCUGUGUGUUGGGGGUAGGGGGUUGCCAUCCUUAUUAGUUUUUUUUUCAUUUUCCCAUCUUUAAAAAAAAAAAAAUCAAGAAGUCCGUCCUCGCACCCACGACAAUGUCUUCGGACGUGAAGGAAGGCUUCUGUCGGCAGGAGUUGAACAAGACCGUGUGGGAGGUGCCGCGCAGAUACGUGAACCUCAUUUCGGUGGGCUCCGGAGCUUACGGAUCGGUGUGCUCAUCGCUCGACACCAAGACGAGCAUGAAGGUGGCUGUGAAGAAGCUCUCGCGGCCUUUCCAGUCGGUCAUCCACGCCAAGCGGACGUACCGCGAGCUGCGACUGCUCAAGCACAUGAAGCAUGAGAACGUCAUUGGUCUAAUGGAUGUGUUCACCCCAAACUCGUCGCUGGAGGAGUUUGACGACCUGUAUCUUGUGACAGAUCUGAUGGGCGCUGACCUCAACAACAUCGUGAAAUGUCAGAAACUUACAGAUGACCACGUGCAGUUUCUGGUUUAUCAGAUCCUUCGGGGGCUCAAGUACAUUCACUCAGCUGGGAUCAUUCACAGGGACCUGAAACCCAGCAAUUUGGCAGUGAAUGAAGACUGUGAGCUAAAAAUCCUUGACUUUGGGCUGGCGCGGCACGCGGACGAUGAAAUGACGGGCUACGUCGCCACCCGCUGGUACCGUGCGCCCGAGAUCAUGCUCAACUGGAUGCACUACAACCAGACAGUCGACAUUUGGUCUGUGGGCUGCAUCAUGGCUGAAUUAUUGACGGGAAGGACGCUCUUCCCUGGCACAGAUCACAUUAACCAGCUGGUAAAAAUCCUGCAGCUCACGGGCACCCCACCCCAGUAUCUGAUUGACCGCAUGCAGAGCAAAGAGGCCAGAAACUACAUCCAGUCUUUGCCUUACACGCAAAAAAGGGACUUCAAGGAUGUGUUCCUGGGAGCCAACCCACUCGUGGUGGACCUGCUGGAGCGCAUGCUGGUGCUGGACACGGACCAGCGCAUCACGGCGGCGGAGGCCCUCGUGCACCAGUACUUUGCUCAGUACCACGACCCCGACGACGAGCCCGAGGCCGAGCCAUACGACCAGUCCUUCGAGAACCAGGAGUUUCCCGUAGAGGAGUGGCGGAGACUUACCUACGAGGAGGUCAUCAGCUUCGUGCCACCAGACCUUGAAGACCUCGACAUGAUGGAUGCGUGACGGCAAAUCCGCAAACAUGCACACACAGGCUCACGCACACUCUCACGCGCGCUCGUAAGCAUGCACAGCAUUCUAUCAAAACGGUCCUUCAUCCCGAUGCAGCAGUUGGGUGGCAUCAUAACGACGGUGUCUCUUUAAGAAUAGGCUCCCUCAAAGCCCGGAUGCACAUACGCAGCGAAAAGGGUUACAGGGUAUGGUGGUGUGUGGUAGUUUUAAGCAUGCUCUGACAGUUAAAACUUAACCAUGGAGCAGACUUCCGUUUGCGAAAGUAAAGAGACCACGUGGUACGCUAAUGUCUCAUGUCCGAGAUUUAAAGGGACAUGUCCUGUGCAGUCCAUUUGUCGGCCAGAGCAGUGGUAAUUCGUGUUGCCUUCACCCUUUGCUGCUGGCAAUUGCAUUCAGAAUAAAGGACAUUUUUUUGAACGGGCAAGUUUCAGUAUCCUUAAUAGAAGCGCCCAGUUCGGCUUUACGGGGGUGCAUUAAAAACUAAGAGUUUGCCCUUAAUUUACAGCCGUGAUGGAGUGUUGCCUCACCGGCAGGGAUUGACUCGCUGCGGUAACCACCUUGGCCAAACCCCGCCACCCGCUUGCUACAAGACAUGCACAGAGAGUACUGAAUAAAGUGCAUCAUCCAUAUGUUUGCCAUUGAGCGCGGCGCUACCUGUACCAAAAUGGGCAUGCACUUUCACGCGACAAGCCGUGGCUGCAGCAGAAAGUAUGCUCAAACUCAAGUACCCACACACACGCACAGUGUUCUCACUGGUAUUACUCGUGUCAACGUUACAGACAAUCACAAAACCGUGUCCGCAGGCUGCAACUAACCUUGAGUCAUCCUGAAUUUCACAUAUAUGUAAAAACCGAGAUGUUGUAAGAACAUGCCACUGAACAUGUGUACACUGGCUUACAUGUUUCGCAAUAUAUGAAUGGUAUCCUCGAACACCAGUGCAUAUUUUUAUGACAUUAGUAUUUGGAGAUGGGCUUUAAAAGUAAGCCUAGCAAUAGGAUUGUGUGACUUCUGUCUUUUUGAAAGUUUUGACAAUUGCUCAUGUGUGUGAAACUUCAGGUAAUUGCGAAAAAUGUUAAAACGAAAACACAACUUUAACUGGUCGAAUUUCCAGUCGACUGGUAAAAGCGGUUUGGGUUUGUUCAAGCUCUGCGUGUUCCUUGACACCAGGGUAUAUUUGUUGAACUCCUUUUGCACCGUACUUAGCCAAUCGUGCUAAUCGGAGGUGCGGUUGUACAAACACCAUUCCUCAAUUGUAUCUAACAUUCAAGAUGUCUUGUAGUUCUCCUGUUAAUGACUCCCCACCCCCCUUUUUCCUCCUUGGCCACCUGAUCCUCGGAGAAAACAAAGGCAACAAAGUCGCAAUAAGGAAUGCAGAUCACAAUGCGGCUGGCUUGCAGGUUGCCAGACAAGAACGUGUUCAAUUUGCUGGAAAUGGGGUGUCAGAAUUCUACUGCACCCUCAAUUUACAAAACACUCUUGUGUCCUUUUGUCGUGGGAGUAAUGAGCAUGCUUGUUCCAUGCCUUUUGACGAGCUUACAGGGACGGCUGUCAAAAACACCCACCUAUAAUCCCAGGAUGCUUUGCUUUAUAUACCACAUCACAAGUGCCUCUCUUUCCUGUAGACGGUGUCACGGCCAGUGUGUUGCCACUUUGAUGAGCCAUGUUUCGUCCUAUUUUAUCACAAGGCAGUGUUGCUUCAGUUUACAUAAUAUUGCUAGUUUCCAGUCCAAUGCGCCACAGCAAUAUGCCAUCACUCAGCGUUUGUCACCCGUCUUAGGCUUUUUUGUGUAUUUAUUUGACUUCCAAGCAGUGGGUAACACUGCUAUGUCUUACCAAUAGGCCAUAUAUCACAGCAUGUAUUGGGCCAUCUCCAGUUUGCUGCAGCCUGCUAUCUAUUCACUCCUGGCCUUCCAUUCAAUGGAAAGGCAGGCAACAAGUAAAAGCUGUCGCAUGCAGAAUUAUUUAUGUUUAAAAAUGGUCUCCACCCUUAAAGUGUAUAACACUUUGCUACUUUGGGGUAGACGUUAAUGCAUACUCGUGCAAAUGGGUUUAUUGUUUUAUCAGUAGUAGUUCAUGGAUAUGUGUGGGUUUUCGAUUUUUGCAUGUUAAGUUAAUUCCUUUUCGUGCAGCAUGUUACAAUCAAGUUGUGUGUGUACUUCAUAGCUUGCAGUGAAGGAGCCUCGUCUCGCCGCUCGCAUCAUCACUGCAGCGGCCUUCAUUUGUGUUGCGCCCGAGCAAGAAAGUGUGCGCUCUGUGAUACAACGGGCAGCAAUUACAUUUCUGAAAAUGUACUGAUCAUUUAUUAUUCGGGCUAUAUAAGCGCGUGUGUGUGUGUAGUUGCAGAAGCUGUGCAAGUGUACAUAUACACAAAUAUGAAAAAGAAACCACAUAAUUGUCAGGAUAAAAUUCUUAAUACAAAUGAUGAAUGUAUGGCCUUUUAUUCUGACCGCUCUCUGUUGGUUUUAUUUUUUCCGCUUUUGCGUCAAAGACCUGUCAAGUGUAAUACUAGAUGCAUACACUGCACUGUAUACACACCGGGUCUGAGCUAUGUUGACAGAUUCCUUUCAGUGGUUUUAUUGGGGGGGGGGGGGGGGGUUUACAUCGCCAAUGUCCCCUUCAACUAACAAUAGGAGAAAAUACCAUGGCAGUGUUUGGGCCGUUUAAUCAAUACGUUAAUCAGACUCGUAACGUUGUGCAGUUUACAAUAUCGCGUGUGUCACAGGUUUCGGAAAGUCCACAAACAGUAUUAAUUUGUUUUUCAAAUGAAACGCACUGCAUUUGUGUGGAAUUGUGAACAUCAAGAACAUGAAAAGUCAAAACUUGUAUGUGUUGAAAGUCUGUUGCCCCUGUUAGAACGAAGUUGUCACGUCUCGUGCGCUCAGAUGUCUUGCGUAUGUAUAAACUGCGCCAAGCAUCAGUCUCGCUAUACAGUAUGCAAAAUGCGUUUGUAUAUGUAUAUACACGUACGUUUAGCGUUGAUUUUUAGUGAUCUAUUUCACUUCUUUGGUUUCGGUUUAAAUGCGUCAUUUAUUUGCUCCGAAUCGUUGGCCGUUCGCCACUUGUAUCCGCCACUGCUUACACGAGUAUCGCUACGAGCAGACUUGUUUUUGGGGGUACGUGUCACUGAGACCCCAAAACCCGAAAGAAGAAGUAAGCAAAGCUCGCAUCCUCUCUGAUCUCCAGGGAAAGGGGAACCCCCCCCCCCCCCCAUCAACUGAAACAAUGACUUCGGAGUACAGCGUUUGCAUUUUGUUCUGCUUGCCCAUUGGUUUGGUCCGAAGGCGGUGCCCUUUAGUGCUGCCUCCAGUGAGCCACUUUCGACCAUAUUUUGUUGAGUUGAACACGUGGCAGGCUUUCGCGACCAAUAUCCAUAAUAGAGGUUUUUUUGGGUUAGAUCGUGUAAAAAUAUAAAUGUGUCGUUAAAUCCGCCACCACCCGACGCAGGCAACUAUUAAGGGUUGUCAUGUAAACAAAACGUGGCCAAUUCGUCACGAGUACAGCACACCGGUGUGUUGGAGAGCAAAGCCACACCAUUUACAAUCUGAGUACGACGUUUCGCCAGGAAUUACAACCAGCUUCAUCGAGAUAGUGGUAAUUCCUAGCUUCAUCGAGCUAGUUUUAACUACUGACGAAACGUAAUCAGAUUGUAAAUGUUGUGGCUUUGCUCUCCAACAGUAACAAAUUGGCAUGUUCUGUUUACGGGACAACCCUUACUAGUUGGCUGUGUCGGGUGGUGGCGGGUUUAACGACACAUUUAUAUAUUUACACGAUAUAAUCCCUAAAAAAACUAUUUUGUGGAGUUCUUGCCCAUUCAAAACGUGCACAUGUAUUUUCCACUAUUGCAAGCUAUUGCCUCUACGCGUUACCUACCACAAGGCAUAUUCACUCUCCCCGUUGAAUCCAUUUAACAAAUGAGCUCUUCGUCAGCGUACACGUCGCACAGCCUAUGCGAAGUACAUGUACUCGUAUAGUUUGUUCUAGUGUGUUUGUUCAGGCGUUAGCGCCACCAGCAACAACACGCGCACAUCUAAUUGCAUGCGUUUUGCUUAUGUUCAUUGAAAAUCCCCUCCGUUCAUUGCUUGCCAAUACCGAGUCUUGCACUGCGUUAUUGAGUGUCUGCCAGUAUACGACGAGAGAAAGGACUGUAUUUAUAUGCAAUAAUAUUGCCGUCUCCUGCCUUCCGUUUAUAUAUAAUCUGUGUGAAUUUUAUUUAAAGAUUUGUUCUCCUCCCAUGUCAUAUCCACGCUUCUAUAUUGUUUAGUUGAUCAGCCAUUACGUUAAAAAAAAGUUUCACUCUGUGAUGUAUAUUUUUUAUUUCAUAGCAGAGGUUAAUCUUUGCGUGUGAUUAACGAAUAAAGUGGCUGGUGCUUUUAUGUUGCGCAGUCUUAGUGUUGUA